CAAAAUUUUUCUUUUUUGGAUUAAGCUUCCGAUCGCCAUACAUUGUGUAUAUAGCUAUAUAUGUAACGCUGUUUGUAUAGCCAUGUCUAUCUGUCGUGCGUGUGACCUAGCGCAAGUCAUUGUACCCAAAAAGGAGAAGCACGAGAUUAGUCCAGAGUUUAAUGGAUUUUAAUUAAUUCCAACUUUCCUUGGAAUUUUUGAUUCUGAUUUUAAUGCUUUUAGGGCAAUGAUUGGGGGCUCCUUGAUCCCGUCCCAUUUGUCCGUUCUUGGGUUGUUACAGGUUGAAUUUAGGUCGAGCCCUAUCUCACACGUUGAUGAUCUGCUUACCGGUCUCCAUGGGGUAUUCUUAGUAUUUCUUCGGAUUAAGAUAAUGUAGGGUUGUUUUAUGCGCCUUCUUUUGAGUUUCUUCGGUGGAUUAAGGGGUUUCUGUUUCUGAUUUACAAUCGUUGCAAUUUAAGUUGAGGUUUCGAAUUGGGUAACUCAGACUUUCGUUAAAUUAUGAGAUUGGCUGAUAAUUGGUGCAUUUAUUUUUCUCAAACCCCGAACUGCACUAAAUCCCAAAGAAGCGGUGACUUGCAAAUGUAAUGGGUGAUCGGACCUUUUGAACAGCGACUUUCGAAAUACCUCCUGCUGCUACUUGUGAUAGAGGUUUCUUGCUGUUGUUGCUAUGGUACAGCUGGGUCAUCAUUUUAAAUCAGCUUGUUAGCUAUAUUUUGUAUAUCACAAAUUAACUAGCGAACGUUCAAACUUUUAUUGUAGCCCAUUUGACAACUUUAGGAAAUUAUAUCCACAUAAAUCAGUUUUCUUGUUACUGUUUUGUGGGUUAAUGUUUUUAAUGACUUUUUCAAUGUGGAUUUGCUAAGCAUGUUUGUUAUUUUGUUUUUCCUUGUUGUAUAAGCAAUUACUUUUUUCUUUUGUUUUCUGGGAUAUUUACUAAGGAGGUGGCAUUUUUUUUUUUUUUUGGGCAAUGGGGUUGGACUGGUGUUUUUUUAUUUUUCUUUUUCUUUAUUGUGUUCAACAGUAUAUACUCAAUUCUAAAUAAAUUGUUUUUCAUAAUCUCUGAACAUUAUCCAAUAGGUAAGUUGUUUUAUUUCCUCGAUUAAUUUUUCUUUUUCAGUAGUUAAUGAAUGGCAUGCUAAUAGAUCAGCAUCUAGAUUCGUUUAAGAGAAAGACCUUGUAAACUGUAAUUAUUUUGAUUAUUAAACUAUGUUCCUAAUGUCACAAUGAGAUGAAGAUAUCAUCAAUUCUUUUAUUUUAGUGGAAGGAGUGAUUGGUGAGACAGAUCAAAGGGUAUGAAGAUAACAGAGAAAUGAUACAUUUUCAAAUUAAGCAUCAUCCUCAUCAUCAUCAAAACCUGUAAAACUCACUAGGUGGGGUUAGCUACAUGGAUUUUAGCUCUCUAGUUAUUUCUAUCCAUGACCAUAAUUUUUUUAAGGCUAUUAUAUCUCGUGUUGUGUCUAAGAUUUCUAUAUCACGUGGUCUUCCCUAUUUAUUUUGCUGUAAUCUUCUUCCACUCCAUUUACACUCCUCACAGGUGUGUCUAAGGUACUCUCUUCACAUCUCCAAACCAUUUUAAUUACGUUUUGCAUAGCUUAUCUUCAAUGAGAGAGUUACUUUAACUUUAUCAUGAAUAAUCUUAUUUAUAAGCCUAUAUUUUCUUGUAUGGCUGCAUAUCAAUGCAAAAUAUACUUCAUUGUCUUAUUUACCAUGUAAAAUUUCUUGCACUUUUUGGUAUCCAUUAUCUGUAGAUAUCGGUGUUUCACUCAGUCCAUCUCCUGUCUAUUGUCUGUGUUGCUUUUAGAAAUUUUUGAUCUCUGGUUGAACUGAACUUCAUUGAACCAAUUUGUUUUAUCCACUUUUUGUUAGCUAAAUCAUCAUAUUAGGUUUUGUGCAUAUAUAAUGGCAUGCCUAUAGCCAUUGUAACUUUUGAAAUUUAAUAGCCUGGACAUGCAUUGGUUGUGGGACUUACUUGAUCUUGACCUUUUGUUCUGCUGAUAAUAAACUGGUAAUAUUGUGUCUAGUUGGAAAUAAUUGGACAGAUGCAAUUACUUUAGAUAAGAUAGAAGCAUAGGUUGUUGAAAUGAUUUGUCCAGAAUGAAUGGGAAUGUCAUUUGGAAAAUCUAAAUAGUCUUACCUUAUUUUUGAUGCUUUUGAUUCUUUGCUGAUUUCUUUAUUUGUUGGCCAGUUUUUUCACAAGUUUUUUGAUUUUGGUUUCAUAAGUUUUUUAAACACUUACUUUUCUGAGGUCUGUACAAUACUAUAAAUUGCAAAAUCAGAUUCUUUUACUCUGUGCCAUGUCUAAAGCAAAUUUUAAUUGCCUGUUCUCUGGAAAAUCAAUUUCAAAAAGGAAACGGAUUGUCUGGUCCUGGUAUUCAGACAUCUUGUUCACCCAUAGAUCUUCUCAAUCUGGAAGAUCAUGAAGAUCCACAUUAUCAAUUUGUGCUUGAAGGUGGUUACUUGUUUUAUUAGUAAAGGCAUAAAAUUUGGUGGACUUGGAAUUGAUUAAUGAUGGAGCAUCCUAAAUUAAUAAAUAUUUAGUUUGAUUGCUGGUUUUCUCUAAAACUUGAUCCUAAAUUAUGGUGAACUCAAAUUAAUAUGUCUGACUUUUCCAUGUGGUUGAGCUUGUUUGAACAGGGAGGUGAGUGGGAUGUAAUUGGUGAUAAUACAGACAGACAUUGCGUUAUUGAUUUUAGGUGCAGUUAUGGAAGUGCUGCCUUGUUCUGGUGUACAUUAUGUUGAAGAAUGUGAUGGCCGUCAACAGGAUUCAGAAAAUGCUUUCAUAUGUUGAAAGAGCUCAGGAAGAGAGGCAAGGAGAAGCUCAAUGGACAAAUGGUGAAUUGGGUAAUUCUGAAGGCCAAUGCAGUGGAGCUUCAUAUUUUGAAAUUGAGAUGGAGGGGCAAAACAUUUCCUGUGAUUCUCAUGAUUCUGAGGAUGAUACAUUUAAUGGGCAGGAACUUUCCACAGAAACUUGCCUGGCCUCUGAGACGUCCGAUCUAAUUUUGGAUGCAAAUGAUAAUGGACUGCUGGCCAAUCCAAGGGAAGGAGAAUCCUCUCUUUCAGAAUCCAACUGGCUGGAACGUGAUGAAGCCUUGGCUGUUUGGGUCAAGUGGAGAGGGAAGUGGCAAGCAGGAAUCCGAUGUGCAAGGGCAGACUGGCCAUUGGCAACCCUGAAAGCAAAGCCAACUCAUGACAGGAAAAAGUAUCUUGUGAUAUUUUUUCCUCGCACAAGAAACUACUCUUGGGCAGAUGUGCUACUUGUCCGUCCAAUUAAUCAAUUUCCAGAGCCCAUUGCAUAUAAAACACACAAAGUUGGAGUGAAAAUGGUCAAAGAUCUGACUCUUGCUUGCCGGUUUAUCAUGCAAAAGCUGGCUGUGGGCAUGUUAAAUAUCAUUGACCAACAUACCAAGGCUCUGGUAGAAAAUGCUCGUAAUGUGAUGGUCUGGAAGGAAUUUGCAAUGGAGGCUUCCCGCUGCAAGAGUUAUUCUGAUCUCGGGAGUGUUCUUCUUAAACUGCAGACUAUGAUAAUGGAGUCUUGUUUAAAUUCUGAUUGGCUACAGCACUCUUUUCACUCUUGGGCACAGAGAUGUCAGAAUGCAAACAGUGCUGAAUCUGUUGAAAUGCUGAAGGAGGAAUUGGUUGAUUCUAUUCUGUGGGAUGAGGUCAGCUUACUUCCAGAUGAAGUAGUACGGCCAGAGCUGGUUUAUGAAUAUAAGAACUGGAAACAUGAAGUUAUGAAAUGGUUUUCAAUAUCACAUCCUUUACCUAGUGUUGGAGACAUAGGGAAACAGACUAGUCACAGCCCUUUGCCAACAGGACUUCAGGUUAGCAGGAAGAGACCCAAGCUUGAAGUUCGUCGUGCUGAGUCACACCUCUUCCAGGUUGAUGCCCAGGGUUCAGCUCAGGCCGUAACUGUGGAGAUUGAUGCGGGAUUUUUUGAUGGUCAAGGUAUUGGGCAUACUGGUCAACUUGAAACCAAUCCUGCUAGAGAGGAACUUCAUUUGGAGGGCACCGCAUAUAAAGGACCUCCCAGUAGUUUGACUGAUAAAUGGGGUGAGAUUGUUGUUGAAGCUGAAGGUUCUGAGGUCAUUCAGAGUAAAGAUGUGAAUGUGACACCGAUUGGUGGAGGGGCGGCUAGGAAAUCCUUGGAUCCUUGUAAUAAGAAUCGCCAGUGCUUAGCUUUUAUUGAAGCAAAGGGAAGACAGUGUGUAAGGUGGGCAAAUGAUGGUGAUGUUUACUGCUGUGUGCAUUUGGCCUCCCGUUUUGUUGGCAAUACUGCAAAAGCAGAGGCUAGUCCACCUGUAGAUGUGCCAUUGUGUGAAGGUACCACUACUCUUGGUACCAGGUGCAAGCAUCGGUCUCUAUAUGGAUCCUCUUUCUGCAAGAAACACAGACCCCAUGACAAUAAGAAUGUGACCUCGAAUUCACCUAAUGAUAGGAUUAAGAGAAAGCAUGAGGAGGUUAUGAACAUAUCUGAUACCACAAAUUGCAAAGCGAUUGUAUUAGUGGGAGAAGUUGAAACACCUCUCCAAGUGAAUCCCAUCUCAGUCAUGAGUAAAGAAGCUUUCAGUGAAAGGAACUUAAUGGAGAUAUCUGGACAGUCCAGGUUGGAAUAUGAUGGCAAUGAGGUGUUACACUGCAUAGGCUCAAGUCCUCAGGAUUACAGUAAUCCUUGUCUAGAAAUUCCAAAAAGUCAUUCCUUAUACUGUGAAAAACACCUACCAGGGUGGCUGAAGCGUGCAAGGAAUGGGAAAAGCAGGGUAAUUUCAAAGGAAGUUUUUAUAGAUCUUUUGAAGGAUUGUUGCUCACGGGAGCAAAAACUGCAUUUACAUCAAGCAUGUGAGGUGUUCUACAGGCUCUUCAAAAGUAUCCUAUCCCUAAGAAAUCCUAUUCCUAAGGAAAUCCAACUACAGUGGGCCAUUUCUGAAGCUUCUAAAGAUGUUAGAAUAGGGGAGUUACUGAUCAAGUUGGUUUGCAGUGAAAUAGAGAGACUCAGGAGGCUUUGGGGCUUUGAUGCUGGCCAAGACAAACAGUCUUCUUCACAUGGCAAAGAAUUGGUUCCUUUCGAAGAACCAGUUCCUGUUCCAGUGGCUACUGAUGGUGAGCAUGACAUACAAAAUACCGUCAAAUGCAAAAUAUGCUCUGAUAAUUUUUUUGAUGACAAAGCACUUGGCGCACACUGGAUGGACAAUCAUAAAAAGGAAGCACAAUGGCUAUUUAGAGGUUAUGUUUGUGCUAUCUGCCUGGACUCCUUUACUAACAAGAAGGUCCUGGAAGCACAUGUGCAGGAGAGACACCAUGUGCAAUUUGUGGAACAAUGCAUGCUUUUACAGUGUAUUCCUUGUGGUGGUCAUUUUGGGAACCCUGAGCAGUUAUGGUUGCAUGUGUUCUCAGUUCAUCCUGAUAAGCUCAGGAUGUCAGAACAUGCUGAACAGCAUAACCUGAUUUGUGGUGAAGAUUCUCCUCAGAGACUUGAGCUGGGAAAUUCAGUUUCUGUUGAUAAUAAGACCUCUAAUAGUCAAGGUGGUCUUAGAAAGUUCAUUUGCAGGUUUUGCAGGUUGAAGUUUGAUUUGCUGCCUGACCUAGGUCGUCAUCAUCAAGCUGCUCAUAUGGGGCCAAAUUCUGUAACCCCUCGUCCCCCUAAGAGAGGUGUUCGUUUUUAUGCUUAUAGGUUAAAAUCAGGGAGACUAAGUCGUCCUAAAUUUAGGAAAGGUCUAGGAUCAGUAUCAUAUCGCAUUCGGAAUAGGGGUGCUGCAAGUAUGAAAAAACGCUUCCAGGCUUUAAAUGCUGUUGGCAGUGGGGACAUGAAGGUGCACUCUCAUGUAACUGAAGCAGGAAAUCUAGGUAGAUUGGUAGAGUCUCAAUGCUCAGCUGUUGCAAAGAUAUUAUUUUCUGAGAUCCAGAUAACAAAACCACAUCCUAGUAAUCUUGAUAUUAUAACUAUUGCUCGAUCUUCAUGUUGCAAGGUCAGCCUCCAAACCUCUUUGGAGGAGAAAUAUGGGCUAUUGCCAGAAUGUUUGUACUUGAAGGCAGCCAAACUUUGUAGUGAGUAUAAUAUUCUUGUGACUUGGCAUAAGGAGGGGUUUGUUUGUCCUAAAGGGUGUAAACCAAUUUCAGGCCCAAAUAUAGUAUCCUCAUUGAUGCCACUCUCAGAGGAUUUACUGGGACCACAAUCUGCAGAGGGAGAUCCUGCAGAGAAUGAAUGGGAGAUGGAUGAGUGCCACUAUGUUGUUGAUUCCCGCCAUUUUAAACAUAAUCCCAUACAGAAAACUUUCAUCUUGUGUGAUGAUAUAAGCUUUGGACUGGAGUCAAUUCCCGUAAUAUGUGUGGUGGAUGAAGAUCUUUUGGAUUCCAUUCGCAUUGUUCGAGAUAGUUCUGGUGGCCAACUAACUGCAUAUUCUAUGCCCUGGGAGAGCUUUACAUAUGUCAGGAAACCAUUGCUUGAUCGAUCCCUUGAAGCUGAGAGCCUGCAGUUGGGGUGUGCUUGCCCACAUUCAACAUGCUCGCCUGAAAACUGUGAUCAUGUUUACCUUUUUGAUGAUGACUAUGAAAAUGCAAAGGAUAUAUAUGGCAAGCCUAUGCGGGGGAGAUUCCCAUAUGAUGAGAAAGGCCGGAUCAUUUUGGAGGAGGGUUUCUUGGUCUAUGAGUGCAAUCACAUAUGCAGCUGCAGCAGAUCGUGCCAGAACAAGGUUUUGCAGAAUGGUGUACAAGUCAAACUAGAAGUUUUCAAAACAGAGAAAAAGGGUUGGGCAGUCAGGGCACGGGAAGCAAUCCUAUGCGGUACAUUUGUAUGUGAAUACAUUGGUGAGAUUAUAGAUGAGCAGGAAGCAAACAGAAGACGUGAUAGGUAUGGAGGAAAAGGCUGGGGGUAUUUUUAUGACAUUGAUUCCCACCUUAGUGACCUGAGCAGAUUGAUUGAAGGGCAAGUCCCUUAUGUAAUUGAUGCAAUGAAUUAUGGGAAUGUGUCACGGUAUCUCAAUCAUAGCUGCUCACCUAAUCUUGUAAGUCGCCAAGUUCUUGUGGAAACCAUUGAUUGUCAGCUUGCACACAUUGGUCUCUAUGCAAGUAGGGAUAUAGCUGCUGGUGAAGAACUGACUUAUAAUUUCCGGUAUAAGCUACUGCCUGGAGAAGGACAUCCAUGCCAUUGUGGAGCUUCCAAUUGCAGGGGCCGCCUUUAUUGAAUCAUUCAAUGAGUUUUAUCCCCUGGUGGUGGUCUCUACGACUUAAAACAGGGAAUGGGAGAUUUUUGGAGACGGGUUCCUUUUUUUGUAUAGGUCUGAACUGAGAGGAACCAUGUUGUUACAUCUCAUGCUCUUGAUAAAGUGGGAGAAUUUGCACCAAGCCCAACAAUGCCCUGGCAGAGUUUAUUGAAGUUAUCAUACCAUUUUGUGCACCGGACACUCUGCCUGUGCUGCAAAUGUAUGGCUUCUCUAGUUAUUUAUCUCGUACCCAUUCUGCUUUUGUUUACACAAUUAAGAGAAGUCCUGAACCUGUUUUUUGUUUGGUUAAUCUUCUCUUGCUGGAGUUGAAGGUGCUUGAAUUUAGUGAAUUGCAGAUUUGUUUUUGGUCCAAAUAAUUUCUUAUGUAGCGAUGGUAAUAGAAGGUGGUUUUUAAA